GGGGGUAGGUUGUUAGAAAGUUAAUGGCUUGGGGGAAAGAGAAUCUCUUCUCGCUUCAGGAGAGUUUGAGGGUUUUUCUGAAGUAAAACGGAAUAAUUUUAUAACAAUAUAACCCCAAAGAAAGUGAGAGGACAACGUUACCUUUACAAACAUACAUAUUCUUUAGGAAAGUAUGCAGGAUGCAGUAGCCGGGACGGCAAUGCUGACGGACGGCUUCGAGGACGAGAUUGACUCGGUGACUCCGCGCUCCCCUGCGCUCGGGAUGGGGGUUGGAGCUACACCAGGAGCCGGACUCGGAGGCCUCGGGUUGGGUGUCGGUGGCAAAAAAGUACGCUUGUUCGGCGAGCCAGGCGGGCCUGCAGCAGAUAGACUCGAUUUCAAACUCACCGCAGCCGCAGUGCUUUCCUCGGGGCCCGGAUCCGGCAGCGACGAGGAUGAAGUGUCUGAGGUGGAGUCUUUCAUCUUAGACCAGGAGGAUCUGGAUAACCCAGUGCUAAAGACGGCGUCAGAGCUGCUCCUAUCCAGCGCAGCCGACGGAGCUGACCUCAGAACAGUCGAUCCAGAGACACAGGCACGGCUGGAGGCGUUACUAGAGGCGGCAGGCAUUGGUAAACUGUCCACUGCCGAUGGCAAAGCCUUCGCAGAUCCCGAGGUGCUGCGCCGCCUGACGUCAUCAGUGAGCUGUGCGCUGGACGAAGCCGCCGCCGCCCUCACACGCAUGAGGGCCGAAAACACACUCAACGCCAACCAGGCAGACAAUCUGGUUAUUUUUAGCCGUAGCCUGCCUGAGGCCUGCUCCGACGGAGACGUGAACGCAGUGAAGAAGCUGCUGGACGAGGGCCACAGCGUCAACGAGCACACAGAAGAAGGAGAGAGCCUGCUCUGUCUGGCCUGCUCCGCUGGAUACUAUGAGCUCGCACAGGUCUUGCUGGCCAUGCACGCUAACGUAGAGGACCGAGGAAUCAAGGGAGACAUCACACCUCUCAUGGCUGCUGCUAGUGGUGGUUACGUAGACAUUGUCAAACUGCUCCUAGUACAUGGAGCAGACGUGAAUGCACAGUCGUCUUCAGGUAACACGGCACUGACAUACGCUUGUGCUGGUGGGUUCCUGGACGUGGUAAAAGUUCUACUAAAGGAGGGAGCCAACAUUGAAGAUCACAAUGAGAACGGCCACACGCCCCUGAUGGAGGCAGCUAGCGCGGGGCAUGUGGAGGUGGCACGUGUGCUCCUGGAGUACGGAGCAGGGAUCAACACACACUCCAACGAGUUUAAGGAAAGCGCUCUCACACUAGCCUGCUAUAAAGGGCAUUUGGACAUGGUGCGGUUUCUCUUGGAGGCAGGAGCGGACCAGGAACACAAGACGGACGAGAUGCACACGGCACUCAUGGAAGCCUGCAUGGACGGGCACGUAGAGGUGGCGCGGUUGCUGUUGGACAGCGGUGCGCAGGUGAACAUGCCGGCGGAUUCGUUCGAGUCGCCGCUGACCCUGGCAGCCUGCGGAGGGCAUGUGGAGCUGGCGGCACUGCUGAUUGAGAGGGGGGCCAACCUGGAGGAGGUCAACGAUGAGGGAUACACUCCCCUCAUGGAGGCUGCACGUGAGGGUCACGAGGAAAUGGUGGCUCUGCUCCUGGCACAAGGUGCAAACAUCAACGCUCAGACAGAGGAGACGCAGGAGACGGCGCUGACUCUGGCCUGUUGCGGGGGUUUCUUGGAGGUAGCUGACUUCCUCAUCAAGGCUGGAGCAGACAUCGAGCUCGGAUGCUCCACUCCUCUCAUGGAGGCUGCGCAGGAGGGACAUCUAGAGCUGGUCAAGUACCUGCUGGCUGCUGGAGCCAAUGUCCAUGCCACGACAGCCACGGGGGACACAGCGCUGACGUACGCCUGUGAAAACGGACACACAGAUGUGGCCGAUGUGCUGCUUCAGACCGGAGCUGACCUGGAGCAUGAGUCAGAAGGUGGAAGGACUCCACUGAUGAAAGCAGCCAGAGCAGGACAUCUUUGCACUGUGCAGUUCCUAAUCAGUAAAGGUGCUAAUGUGAACAGAGCCACAGCUAAUAAUGAUCACACAGUGGUGUCUCUGGCCUGUGCUGGAGGUCACCUGGCUGUCGUGGAGCUGCUGCUGGCUCACGGUGCAGACCCUACUCACAGACUGAAGGAUGGCUCAACGAUGCUGAUUGAAGCUGCUAAGGGUGGUCACACCAAUGUGGUGUCUUACCUGCUAGACUACCCAAACAACAUUUUGUCAGUCCCUGCGCCAGAUCUGUCUCAACUCACACCCCCCUCCCAUGACACAUCUCAGGCUCCUCGAGUCCCAUUCCAAGCUCUGGCCAUGGUGGUACCCCCUCAGGAGCCAGACAGCGUGCCCUCCACCAUUGCCACACCGCCACCCGUCACAAACAAAGGGAUGUCAAAGCAAAGGCUGAGCACUCUGCAGAGCAACGCUGUGGCCACAGGAGGGCUGGACGCCGACCUCCUCCCUCCGUUCCACCCGUACCAGCCCCUUGAGUGCAUCGUUGAGGAGACGGAAGGCAAGCUAAACGAGCUGGGUCAGCGCAUCAGCGCUAUCGAAAAGGCCCAACUGCAGUCGCUAGAGCUGAUCCAGGGCGAGCCGCUCACCAAAGACAAGAUUGAAGAGCUGAAAAAGAGCCGUGAGGAGCAGGUCCAAAAGAAGAAGAAGAUCCUGAAGGAGCUACAGAAGGUGGAGCGGCAGCUGCAGCUCAAGACGCAGCAGCAGUUGACCAAAGAGUACAUGGAGGGCAAGAUGAAGGAGGAGCCGGGCCAGGCGGCAGGGGUGGAGGCGCCCGGCACCCCCCUGCCACCGCAGGCCACGCAGCUGGGCUCCAGUACAGGGUGCGAGGACAGCAACGAUGUCGAGGACCACCAGCCACUCCCUACUGAUGAGGACGACGAGGAGGGUGAAGAAGACGAUGAGGAAGAGGAUGAGGAAGACGGAGACUAUGCCGAGCUCCCGCAGGUGGACACGAUCCUGUACCGAGAGGGAGGACAACAACCAGCGCCACCGCCUCCACCUCAGCCCCUCAGCCUGCAAGGCCCCCCGCCUCCACCGCUACAGUCCAGUUUCGUCCCCAUUCAGCCUAUGAAUGCACAGCAGUCCACAGAUUUCGGCAGCGCAGAGUACCCAGGCAGCAGCAGCCCGGAUCUGCAGAGGGUAAUGUUGGGCCAGCAGCUGUCUGGACUCGGGCCUGGUCUCCUCACACAGGCGCCAGAUGGCCUCAUGGUGGCCACGCCUGCACAGACGCUCACAGACACGCUGGACGACAUCAUGGCAGCAGUGAGCAGCAGAGUGCCUAUGUUGAACACUACAACCUCACCCAUACCUCAGCCCACAACACAGACGCCCAUGAACACUGUCUCCCCACCCUCCAUGCUCCCACUCUAUCCAUCUGUAGACAUCGAUGCACAUACGGAGAGCAAUCAUGACACGGCUCUGACUCUGGCCUGUGCAGGUGGCCAUGAAGAGCUGGUGUCGGUGCUCAUUGCGCGUGGCGCCAACAUUGAGCAUCGGGACAAGAAGGGGUUCACUCCUUUGAUCCUGGCUGCCACAGCGGGCCACGUUGGCGUUGUUGAGAUCCUCCUGGACAAAGGAGGAGACAUCGAAGCUCAGUCUGAAAGGACCAAAGACACCCCUCUCUCCCUGGCGUGCUCAGGCGGCAGACAAGAGGUGGUGGAACUAUUGCUUCUCCGUGGUGCUAACAAGGAGCACCGAAACGUGUCCGACUACACCCCGCUUAGCCUGGCAGCCUCAGGAGGAUACGUCAAUAUAAUCAAGAUUCUCCUCAAUGCUGGAGCUGAGAUCAAUUCCAGGACGGGCAGCAAGCUGGGCAUCUCUCCUUUGAUGUUGGCAGCCAUGAAUGGCCAUGUACCUGCAGUGAAGCUGCUGCUGGACAUGGGCUCCGAUAUCAAUGCUCAGAUCGAAACCAAUCGCAACACAGCGCUGACGCUGGCCUGCUUCCAGGGUCGAGCCGAGGUGGUCAGCCUGCUGCUGGACCGCAAGGCUAAUGUGGAGCAUCGCGCCAAGACGGGACUCACCCCUCUUAUGGAAGCUGCAUCUGGUGGUUAUGCUGAGGUGGGCCGUGUGCUGCUGGAUAAAGGUGCUGAUGUCAACGCCCCUCCUGUCCCCUCUUCUCGUGACACCGCCCUCACUAUCGCUGCAGACAAGGGCCACUACAAGUUCUGUGAGCUUCUCAUUAACAGAGGGGCUCACAUUGAUGUGCGUAAUAAGAAGGGAAACACUCCGCUGUGGCUGGCUGCAAAUGGGGGACAUUUUGAUGUAGUGCAGCUGCUGGUGCAGGCAGGAGCUGACGUGGAUGCAGCAGACAACCGCAAGAUCACACCUCUCAUGGCAGCAUUCCGUAAAGGGCAUGUGAAAGUGGUCCAGUAUUUAGUGAAGGAGGUGAAUCAGUUCCCCUCUGACAUUGAGUGCAUGAGAUACAUCGCCACCAUUGCAGACAAGGAACUGCUGAAGAAGUGUCAUCAGUGCAUGGAAACCAUCGUGAAAGCCAAAGACCAGCAGGCUGCUGAGGCGAACAAGAAUGCCAGUAUUUUGCUCAAGGAACUUGAUCUUGAGAAGUCCCGUGAAGAAAGCAAAAAGCAAGCUCUGGCAGCAAAAAGAGAGAAGCGCAAAGAGAAACGCAAGAAGAAGAAGGAGGAACAGAAGAAAAAGCUUGAAGAAGAGGAGGCAAAAGUGAAGGAUACGUUUUCUGAGACACAAGACCAGAAGGAGGACUCUGCUGAAGAGCCAGAGGUUCCCAUUGAGCCCCCAAGCGCCACUACCACCACCACCAUUGGCAUCUCUGCCACCUCCACCACCUUCACCAAUGCCUUUGGCAAGAAGCGCGCCAGCGUGGUUACUACGCCCAGCACCAACCGAAAGAAUAAAAAGAACAAGACCAAGGACUCGCCCAGUGAGCCCAUCAUCCUACAGGACCCUCAGGUGGCACUAGCGCAACAAAAGGCAGACAAAAACAAGAUCCAUGGUGAACCACGGGGCGGCGGGGCACCUGGAGGCACCAGUGACUCGGACAACCUGGACAGCACAGACUGCAACAGCGAAAGCAGCAACGGCAGUAAAAGCCAGGACCUGGCUGACCUGUCGUCUUCAUCCACCUUGUUCUCUUCCUCCGCUCCUACAGGGUCCAGCCAGCCUCUACCUAUGACUGAGAAGAGGCAGGGCGUAUCGCACCCCACUUCUCGGGAAGAGAAGGUCACCGUGUCCAUUUCCAAACCACAACAGAAAUCUCAUGAGAUUCUUAGUGACUUGACACCCAGUUCCCUGCCCUCAUCUUUCAAGACCAUUUCACUGCCAGUCACCUCACCUAACAGCAAGAUGAACCUCACCAGCCCAAAGAGGGGCCAAAAGAGAGAGGAGGGAUGGAAAGAGGUCGUACGAAGGUCAAAGAAACUCUCGGUCCCAGCCUCUGUGGUGUCUCGGAUCAUGGGCAGAGGUGGCUGCAAUAUCACAGCUAUCCAAGAUGUGACAGGUGCACACAUAGAUGUUGACAAACAGAAAGACAAAAACGGCGAGAGAAUGAUCACUAUCAGAGGUGGCACAGAGUCCACACGACAUGCUGUACAACUGAUCAAUGCGCUUAUCCAGGACCCUGCCAAAGAGCUAGAGGACCUGAUACCUCGCAACCACAUUCGUCAGCCUGGCACAAACACCAAAAUUGGCUCCACCUACACCACCUCCACAGGGGCUACCAGCACCACCGCGGCCAGUUCAAAAGGCCUGUCAUCAGUUGUGCCCUCCUCCAGCGUGUCCUUCCAGUCCUCCUCCAACUCAACCACUCAGCAGGCUGGCAAAAUGGGCAAAAAUAUGGCACCUGGUGUUAGACCUCCGUUUGUCUCUCUACCACCACUGGCCUACACACACCCCCAGUUGGCCCUGCUGGCAGCGCAGACCAUGCACCAGAUCCGUCACCCGCGGCUGCCAAUGGCACAGUUUGGCGGCACCUUCUCUCCCUCGCCCAACACAUGGGGCCCGUUUCCUGUGCGUCCUGUGAGCCCUGGCAGUGCUAACAGCUCCCCCAAACACAGCGGCAAUGCGGCCCCGCGCCCUUCCAGUUCUGCCCCUGCCACAGCUGAGCACCCUGCCCCGGUGUCAAGUGCUAACAUUGCCCCUGGUUCCACUGCCUCUCCCCCCAGCACUGCCCCCUCCAAAACACCUACACCCACCUCUGUAAGGAAGCAGCUCUUCUCUGCCGAGCCCAAGCCUACAGUGGCGCCUGCCGUCUCCACCACUGCAAGCAGUACUCCUGCUGUGCAGGCCCCUCCUGCUCCCAUCAGCUGUGCUCCCACCACUCCUACGACCCCUCCACCCAUGCCUGCCCCCAUCGCCCCACCUACACAGCAUACUCAAGCCCUGAAAACAGAAUCCGCCCCCGCUGGUACGCCUGCUAAAGAGAAGCCGGUGGCUGACCUGGCUGUUCCUGUUUCCAGUGCCCCGUGUGAGGGUUCCAGCCCCUCGACCCCCCUGCACUUCCCUGCAUCUCCCUCUGCACAGCCUGCACUGCCUGUCCAGCCUGAGGGCAGACAGCAGCUGCCCUUGCCCUUCACCUCCAGCACAGAACCUAGUUCCUCUUCUACAGUCCAACCAGGCGUCACCCUGCCCGUCUCUCGUCCUGUACCGCCCAGCACGGUCAGCAGCACAGUUGCAAACACCAGCAGCACCUUACCUCACUACGCCACACCUGCUGCACCUGGGGUGUCGACUCGCUUACAGCCCCCAACGACGUACUACCCCAUAGGACCCGGAGCCCCUUUGCAGGAGCAGCAGUCUGUUUUCGUGCCCCCGGGUGCAACACAGGAGCCCCUUAAGCAGCAACAGCAGCCUACCCAGCCUAGCUUAGCCACGGCUAGCAUGCCUCCCCCUUCACUUCAGAUGUCCUCUACUAUGGGCAUGAUAAAUGGUUCACAGGUGCACCUUCACAGUGGCAAAGCUCAGUUGCCGCCCAACUUCGGCUCUGCGGCUCUUUUCAAUCACUUUUCGAGUAUCUUUGACAACAACCAGGUGGGCAACAACCAGGUGUGGGGGGCCUGUCACCUUCCAACUCGCACUCCGCAAGAACAGCCCUACAGUGCUCCACCUGCAUACAUGGGAGGUAUGGGGCAGAUGGAGAGCACCAUGCCCCCUCCUGAUGGCUCCAAGGCCCCAGGAUAUCGUUGCCCCUCCCAGCGAGUCAUCUCUAGCCCCAUUGGCAUGCACCCCAUGGACCCCUCAGGCAAUUCCAUCUCUUCUUCCACCGCGCUCACCAGCUUUGCCACAAGCAUGUCAGCCAGCCCUGUUUUCCUGCAGGGCCCAGCUCCUGUAGGAACGCCCUCUUUCAGCCGCCAGCACUUCUCCCCUCAUCCUUGGAGCGCCUCCACGUCCUGUGAAUCUCCAGUGCCCUCCGUGUCGUCUGGAGCAUCUUCCCCUUUGUGCACAUCCACCGUGACACCUGCUCUGAUCCAAGCCAAGCCUAGCAGUUCCAGUCAGCAGGACCGCAAAGUGCCCCCGCCCAUCGGGACAGAGCGCCUGGCUCGGAUCCGGCAGACUGGCUCCGUCAACCACGCCAUGCUGCCCACCAGCUACACACCGCCGGUCGGACAGGGUGGCAUCUGGUCUUUCGGAGUGGGCAGUGCCUCCGAAGCAAUGUCAGGCUGGUCUCAGCCCAUGAUGGGAGGACCCGUGAUGCACCAGCAGCUGCAGGAGCAGUCGGCCUUCUCCCAGCACCAGGCUAUGGAGCGAGAUGACACGGGCAUUGUGGCUCCAUCUAACACCUUUCACCAGCCCAUGCCCACCAACUUCAUGGAUUUUCCAAAGGGGUUGCCAAUGUCAAUGUAUGGAGGAACGAUGAUCCCUCCUCACCCACAGAUGGCUGAGGCUCCUGGAGGCCCCAUGUACAAUGGGCUCCACGCCACUGACCCUGCCUGGAACCCCAUCUUAAAAGUCGUCCCCAGCUCGGCUGAGAAUUCAGACCCACAGCAGGUGUGGCCUGGGACUUGGGCCCCUCACGUGGGAAAUGUGCAUUUAAAUCAUGUCAACUAAACACAAACCUAGAGACUGAGAGGCAUAGGAGCAGUAACAAGACGUACACGUUAAAGAACAAGAUAAUUACCUAAUUACCAAAACGUUAACCUAGGCGUGUCCCCUUAAAAGUUAAACAGAGUUUCAUGAAAUUUGAGAGAUGGACACCUUUGAUGUGCCUAACAAAAAAAAAAAAGAGAA